ACACUGAUCGGCAUUCGGUCGUCAAACACUCAUUACUCGAACCAUUCAUUGGUUUGUUUCUGAGGUUUCAACCAAAAACUUGGAAUAGUCAAAUAUGCAUGAGAGUUGAGGCAUUUGGUUGUUCAGCAUUCUAUCAGCCUAUUGGUGUUGAAAAUGGUAAAAUUCCCAAUGCACAAAUGAGAUGCCGCAAAGCACWUUCUGGCGAAGUAUGCAGCUAUGCACGCUUAAACCAUGCCAAAGCUGCAAGAAUGGACAAUACCUUUGAGGAGUUUUUGGAAGUCAACAUUGGGCCAAGUUUGAAAGUUGUUACAGCUGUAGCAACGCAAGGCCAUGGGAAUAGAGACGAGUGGGUCAAGUUGUAUAGUUUAAGUUACAGUUCUGAUGGAGCUGAGUGGUUCAAUUAUGAAGAACAUGGUGAACUCAAGAUGUUUGAUGGUAACUUUGAUAGGCAUACAAUAGUCAAACACGAGUUUYGUCGUGAAAUCACAGCCAUUUUGGUCAGAUUUAAUGUGUUCACAUUGUACAAAUAUGCCAGUAUACGUGUGGAAAUCUAUGGAGGUGAAGGUAACGAAGCAAUAUUUUUACUAGCUAUAAACUUACACAAACUAUAA